GGCCACAUCCUCGUCCUAGUCCGGCCACAGGGCACUGAGGGCAACCUCUGGGCCAGCGGUGAGGGACGAGCCUCCCUGCCUGCAGGCCCCCCCACCCAGGACACUCCGUUGGCCAUUGUCCCAGGGAGAUCAGCAGUCCCAGAUCCGGAGAGACCGUUGGGGCCUGCGAGACCUUCGGAGGCCACGCCAAGAAAGGGGAAGCAUCAUCUUGAGACCCUCCUUGGUGCAGCCUUGCCCAGGACCCGGGAGCCACGAGUCAGGUGGCAAAUACCGCCUUCUGCUUCUCCAGCAGUCCCUGGGAAUCUUGGAGCCACUCAGAGGGAGCCACAGAAGCCCCGAAGUUGCACAGCCCUGCAGGCAGGGGCUGGGGGCAUCCUUCGCUGAGCUGGACGAAGGGGUCCUGGGGAGCGACUUCCGGCCCCUGAGGCCUCACUGUCUCGUAGCCUUUGGGAAGGAAUCGCGGCAUCCUGGAUAAUUUCGCGGAUUCCCGAGGCAGCUCAGGUGUCCACCAGCGGGCAUACUGCUGCCUCAAAGAGUUGGGCAAGAUGCUGUUUGGGGUGAAGGACAUUGCACUGUUGGAGCACGGGUGCAAGGCCCUGGAAGUGGACAGUUACAAGUCCCUGAUGAUCCUGGGGAUCCCAGAGGACUGCAACCACGAGGAAUUCGAAGAGAUUAUUCGGCUGCCCCUCAAACCUCUAGGCAAGUUCGAAGUGGCUGGGAAGGCCUAUCUGGAAGAGGAUAAAUCCAAGGCGGCCAUCAUUCAGCUGACGGAGGACAUCAAUUAUGCCGUGGUCCCCAGGGAGAUCAAGGGCAAGGGCGGUGUGUGGAGAGUGGUCUACAUGCCCCGGAAGCAGGACAUCGAAUUCCUGACCAAGCUGAACCUCUUUCUGCAGAGCGAGGGCAGGACGGUGGAGGAUAUGGCCCGGGUCCUGAGGCAGGAACUGUGUCCCCCAGCAACGGGCCCCAGAGAGCUGCCUGCAAGAAAGUGCUGUGUGCCUGGGCUGGGGGAGAAGCCGGAGGCUGGGGCCACCGUCCGGAUGGACGCGGUGCCACCUCUGAACUCCUCCGAGAAGGAGAGCAAAGCUGGAGAUGGCAAGAGGGGCAAAAGGAAGAACAAGAAAAACCGCCGGCGACAUCACGCCUCAGACAAGAAGCUGUGAGGUGGUGGCAUCGGGUGGGCAUGGGGGGUAUCUGAGGGGGUGAUGACUGUGGGAGGGUAGAUACCACCUGAGUAGGUUUAAGGAGUGCGAGUGAGUGUGGGUAAUGCAAGGGAGUGUGAGAAUGACUCUAGUGAGUAGGUAACUUUUGAGUAAGAAUGGGUAUCAUUUGGAUAGCACAGGUAACAUGUGACUAGCGCGAAAGAGGUGGCUAUUUUUAUCUGAGUUAACUAACUUGUGGGUUACAUCUGAGUGGGUGUGGCUAACGUCUGGGUACCCGUGGCUCAUUUAUUCAUCCUACAGAUAUUUAUUGCAUACCUACUAGGUCCCAGGUACUGUUCUAGGAGUUGAGGAUACGGAAGGGAGUAAACUCAAUAAAAAUCCCUGCUUUCAUGGCACUCAGAAUAAGUGGGUAAUAUUUGAAUUACUUGGAGACAUCGGAGUGAGCGUAGGUAGCAUUUGAGUACAUGUGGAUAACAGCUGAAUGAUCAUAAAAUCUAGUUAAGUGUGGAUCGCUCAUUCAUCCGUGUAUCCAUGCAACCAACAAAAUUUCCAGAGGACCUACAGUGUGCCAGACACUGGGAAUACAGAAGGGGAAUAAACAGACCAAAACCUUGCCCGUGACUCUCAUAGUAGCUAUUUGAAUAGGUGCGGGUAACUUUGGGUUACUUGAAUACACAUUAGUGAGUGUGGAUAGCAUUAGUGUGUGUGGGUAGCAUCCGCGUAUAAUUGAAAGUAGUUGUGGGUAAUUGAGAGUGUGCGGGUAACACCUGAGUAUGUGUAUGGGUAUCAUUUGAGUAGAUGAGAGUAAUUUCUAAGUGAGGAAGGGUCUCAAAGACCCACAAACAUCUUCUGCCACCCGGGAGACCCCGCGGGACCAGCCGCGCAGGCGCAGUCGGAGCCAGAGCCUAGCAGCGCGUCCGAUCGUUGCUAUGGAGACCACAGGCUGCCCCCAGGCGCCUGCGCCCUUUGCACAAAAUGGAGGAGGGGGAAACGGUCCCGGAUUCCAAGGUUUUGCAGAUCUCUUACUACAGUUGAAGAAAACCCACGCAGAUCCAGGAGGAACGUGUCAGGGAGAUCCCUACUCGGGAGAAGACCGCCAUCCUCCUUCGGCUGUCACCCGCGGCCUGAUUCUGGGGACAGCCUCUCUUGCUGGGGGGAGGCGGGCGGCACAGACCCCUCUAGCUUUGCGCCCUCCUGGAAAUCCUGUUAUAGCAAAGUCUAGAGCCGUUUUCUGUGUUUCAAAAGCAUGUACCUUGAAUGUACCUCUGGCACAAACUUGUCCGGAGUGGGCCACCCUGUCAAGCAGAAACCAUGGUUGAGAGUGAGUUGCCUGCUCCCCACCUCUGAGGAAUUCACUGAUCUGUAAGUGGCUGUUGAAAAGCUGUCGCCUUUCUCUACACGCUGAGUCUCUCUUACAGAAGUGGUCAGAAGCGGGACCCUUCUGCCCCGAUUGGCGCCUGGGGUGAGGGUGUGAGUCUCCCCCAGUUAAAUUCCAGAAGCUCUGGCUUGGUGAGGAGUGAACUCCACUCUCUACAGAAGAGGCAAGGCUUCUGGGCAAUGGUCCAAAAGGAGGUAAAUAAUUAAGAGGCCAUUUUCAAGAGUUACCAAUGAAUGACGUUAACACUGAAGUGAAGAAGAAUUUUAAAAUUCAGGUAAAAUCCAAAUACUUGUGAGUAGGCAGGUCUUUUGCUCAGAGACAAGGGACCUCUCAGUUUGCAAACUUCUGUUAGUCCAAGGAUCUGCAAAGGUUUGAACGGAAUCUCUUUUCAAAAAUGUAACUUACACACAGACUCAGCCUACGAAAUUGUAAUGCCGGAGACUCCCAAUGUCUUAUUAUUAUUAUUUAUUAUUAUUAUUAUUAUUAUUAUUUUGAGACAGUCUUGCUCUGUCACCAGGCUGGAGUACAGAGGUACGAUCUCA